UGUGCUCAACGUGUGAAUGACUGGGGGUUAAGCCUAGCGUUAGCUCUCAGGUUGGGUUUAUUGAUUCCCGCUGAUACUAUGGAAGAAGGAAGCAGUGUUGCAGUAUUGAUGCCAAAUAUUGGAGAACAGGAAGCUGUACUGAUUUCUGAAACAGUGAUUGGUCCAACACUGCAAAACAGUGAAGAUGAGAGGAAAUGUAAAACUGAUCCACUAAUCCACGUUAUUCAGAAGCUAAGCAAGAUAGUUGAAAGUGAGAAGUCACAGAGAUGCCUUUUAAUAGGGAAAAAGCGUUCCCAUCCUAAUGCUUCUUUUCAGUCUUUUGACACAGAAGAUCUUUGUGAAAUCCCAGCUAAAACAAUUGAGCUAUCUGUUAUUGGUACUAAAAAGACGGAGGAGUUGCAAGCAGAUUAUUACGUGACAGAUUGUCUUCCACAAAGCAAAAAAAAGGUGACGUGCUACCAGUGUAGUCUAUGUAAGUUUCUAUCACCGUCUCUCUUAACGCUACAAGAACACAUAAAACAACACGGGCAGAAAAAUGAAGUGAUAUUAAUGUGCUCGGAAUGUCAUUUUGCUUCCAAAAAUCAAGAGGAGCUUGAAUCCCACUUCCAAAAUUACCACGAGAGUGACAGUAAAACUAACAUGCAGACAAAGGCACAGCAAUGUGUAAAUGUCUCGAGUUCGUUUUUGCAAGGGCCGGUGGAAGGAAGUGUCAAAUCAGGGACUGAGCAGACAGGAAAUCUGGAAUGCAAAGAUACAACUCGGUCCACUCGGGUGGCUGAGAUGGGUAGGAGGAAAUGGUACACUUACGAGCAGUAUGGCAUAUACCGCUGUUUAAUUUGUCGAUACACCUGUGGUCAGCAAAGAAUGUUGAAAACACAUGCUUGGAAACAUGCCGGCGAAGUUGAUUGUUCCUAUCCUAUCUUUGAAGAAGAAAAUGAAACUGCGAAUUUGUCUGAGACUGUUGUAACUCAUACACCUCACAGUGUGGAUGCAGUUGUACUUGCGCUGGAAAACAAUGAGCUAGAUAUUCAGAGUGAACAUUCUCUUCAACUUCAGAUUUGCAGUUCUGAGCAAAUGUCAUGUAAAUCACCAGGAGCAAGUGUGAAAGAGGAAGAGAUGUUAAAUCAGUCAAUAGCCCAGUCUCCUGCUACAGAAGUUUUAGAGGAGACUGUAUCAGAUACAGAACAGGAUAAUUUGAUAGCUGAUAGCCUGCUUUCAUCAGCACAGAAGAUCAUUAAUUGUAGUCCAAAUAAAAAGGGUCAUGUUAACGUAAUAGUAGAGCGUUUGCCAGGUGCUGAAGAAAGUGUCUUACAAAAGCCUUUUGUGAUGAACACUGACAUUGAAACAGAAAAACAAUUAAUCUCGGAGGGAUCCCAUGUUAUCUGUGAAGGACCUCAAGUUUAUCGUUCAGAUGAAAUUCAGGAGGUGAUAAUAGGAUGGAAUAAUACUGAGAAGAAAGAUAAUGAAUUAAGCUCUAAUAAAAACCUAACAACUGACGAAAACGCUCCUCCUGUACGAAGAAGGACGAAUUCAGAGUCUUUACGGCUGCACUCCCUAGCUGCAGAAGCCCUUGUAACAAUGCCUAUCAGAGCUGCAGAACUAACCAAGUCCAGCUUUAGGACUUUCACAGGGGAAGACUGUGUGGGUGCAGACACAGGGCAGAGAGCUGCUGAUGGUCCAUUCACAGCUCAUUCUAAAGUGGUGUCUGCACUUGAGAAUCCUGCGGAAGAGUUCAGUAGCUUAAACCAAAGUGGCUGUGCAAUAGUGGAGAUAGAUAAAGAAAGAUCAGAGUUAUCAGAAGCACCAAUUAAAAUGGGCAUUAGCAUGUCACUGCUCACUGUCAUUGAAAAACUGAAAGAGAGGACAGAUCAGAAUGCUUCUGAUGAUGACAUUUUGAAAGAACUGCAAGACAACGCACAAUGCCAAGAUGCAAAUGAUGCAAAUAUUGCAGGAAGUAACCUAGUGGAAUACAUCCCAAACGCGGACCGCCCCUACCGCUGCCGCCUCUGCCACUACAGCAGCGGUAAUAAGGGCUACAUAAAACAACACCUGAGAGUCCAUCGUCAGAGGCAACCAUAUCAGUGUCCUAUCUGUGAACACAUUGCUGACAACAGCAAGGAUCUAGAGAGCCACAUGAUCAACCACUGCAAAACAAGAAUGUAUCAAUGCAAGCAAUGUGAAGAAUCCUUUCAUUAUAAGAGUCAACUGCGAAAUCAUGAGAGAGAGCAACACAGUCUUCCAGAUAUCUUUUCAACAGCCACAUCUAACAAACUAAUAGUUUCCAAUGAAGUAGAUGAAAGAGAAGGAAAUAAGGCCUCAGUUCAAAAACUGUACAGAUGUGAUGUUUGUGACUACACAAGCACAACUUACGUUGGUGUACGAAAUCACAGACGAAUUCAUAACUCUGAUAAGCCAUAUAGAUGUCGAGUGUGCGACUUUGCCACCACAAAUAUGAAUAGCUUGAAAUGCCAUAUGAGGCGCCACCCCCAGGAGCAUCAGGCAGUGCAGCUAAUGGAACAGUACAAAUGUUCUCUUUGUGGAUAUGUAUGUAGUCAUCCUCCCUCCCUGAAGUCCCACAUGUGGAAACAUGCAAGUGACCAAAAUUAUAAUUAUGAACAAGUGAACAAGGCUAUUAAUGAUGCAAUUUCACAAAGCAGCAGGUUUCAAGGACAGCUUCCUGAAAAAACCUUAUUAGAAGGCACUGAUGAAAGUAGAGUACCUAUUCUAGCAACUUCAGACAACCUGAUAUCUUUUGCAGAGUCUAUUAACCAAACUACUAAUGAAAUUUCAGGUUCUGAUGAAAAUGAAAAACCUACCUUGAUGAAUACCUCAUGCAGCUUAGAAAAGAACUCUGCUCUGCCCCAGCUUGGCACAGAAUACUGUGUUCUUCUGUUCUGCUGCUGUAUUUGUGGCUUUGAGUCCACCAACAAAGAAAAUCUGUUGGAUCAUAUGAAAGAACACGAGGGUGAAAUCAUAAACAUCAUUCUAAAUAAGGACCACAACGCAACUCAGAGCACAAACUAGAUGAAGGACUAAGUUAAAAGCAGGAUUUUCUUGAGUGGAUAACACCAAUCUUUACUAAUUUUGCCUGAGAAACUUGCUAAAGAGAAGAAAUGCAAGCGAAAGUUGCUGAUUUCUGAGCCCACUUCCUUAUUUCAUUAGGAAAACAUUAGCUUAGCCAGGGAUGGAUGAAUCAUUUAAGAAAGAAGUUCAGGUGUGGGCAGUAGAACAAUCCUUUAACCUGUUAUUUCUCUGAAUGGUGCCAAGAGUGUGUACUUUUUUUCUUUUUUUUUCCCCUCCUAAUUGUCAGGUAGUACUCCAUAAUAACGCAUUGGUACACUAAGUCAGAAUCCAAAGGCAUAAAAAGCUUUUUAUCAAUUUUAAAACUUUUUAUCUUCCUCCUUUUUUGGUUGUUUUGCAAGUUUUUGGACAAAGAAUUUUUUUACACACUUUUUCUUAAUUGGCAAGAGAUAGAUGGACAUUUUACAGUAGAAUGGUACACAUUGUCCAGCUUUUGGAAGGUGGGGAGAUGGCUAAGGGCUCACAUGUGUACUUGCAGCUGCAUAGAGGCAUUUCAUUCUCCCCGUCAUAUUUUUAAGGCCUUACAAACUCCAAGUCCUCUCUCUGAAAAAGAUUAGUAUCUUCUAUGUUGUUUCACAGCAGCAGAAGCUGCGUAGCCUAGAAGCUUUUUGCUGAUCAUUUGGCUGAUUAGAUCCUCACGAAAUAGGACAUCUUUUGAUAGCUACAGUCUCAG